GGAUCCGGCGGCUACUCCGCAGCAUGGCCGGCUUGGGACGGCCGGGCCCAGCGCCCCGCGCCGCGAUGCCUGCCUGGAAGCGAGAGAUCCUCGAGCGAAAGCGGGCUAAGCUGGCGGCCUUGGGCGGGGGCGCGGCGCCGGUCGCUGGGGCUGGCACGACGGAGACCGCUGGGCCGGUGACCGAGCCGCUGGUGCUGGCCGAGAGCCUGGGCCCGCUGCGCGAAAACCCGUUCAUGCGGCUCGAGUCGGAGCGGCGGCACGGGGCGCGGCGCGCCGGGGGCGCGGGCGCGGCGGGGCCCGGAGCGCGGCCCGCGGAGCAGCUGCUGGAGCUGUACUGCCGCGUGCCCGGCGUGCGCACCAUCCGCGCCGACAACAUCCUCAUCAUCGAGUCGGAGCCCGGCUUUCCGCCCGCGCCCAGCCCGGGCCUCGGUCCCGGAGGGACCGCCCGCAUCCGCGCCGCGGAGGUGCUUGUGUACGAGGCACCGCCGACGGCCGGCCGCGUCAGCCGCCUGCUCCAGAAGUUCGACCCGCCGGCCGCGCCGCGCCGCCGCGGGAGCCCGGAGCGCGUCCGCCCCGCGCUGCCACCCUCUCCGGGCCCGGCCGUUCCGCGCGUGGGCGAGCGCGCCGCCUGCUUCCAGUCCGAUCCGGAGCGCUGCGGCUCAGGCCUUGGCCCCGGGCCCCGGCGCAGCGGCUUCUUGCACAAGACUAGCAGCAACUCCUUCACUGUCCACCCGCGGGGCCUGCGCCAUAGUGCGGGCACUCGCCCACUCCCCAACGGGCCCCUGGCCCCGGAGUCCCGGGCCGGCGCUGCCAACGGCUUUGAGGGCUCCGCGCCUGAGCCAGGCGAGUGGAAGCCAAAGGUGGAGUCGGGGGAGGCCCCCGCCCACCAGUCCCCCAGCCCGGGGACCCCCAGUGCCACUCCAGCCGCGGAUCCGGCCUUGCCCACGCUCAGCUCUUCCAGUGCCACUCCCAGCCAGCGCCAGUGGGUCUCCGCGGCCACCAGCGCCAAUGACUCCUUCGAGAUACGGCCGGCCUCAAAGCCAGACAUGGGCAGGAUCCCUGCCGGGGACCUCCAGGCCCGGGCUCUGGCUAGCCUUCGAGUGAACUCUCGAAACUCCUUCGUAGUCAUCCCCAAGCGCAAGACCUCUGGGGCUCCUCCUGGGGAAGGGAGGCGGUCCGUGGCGCCUCCAGAGAAAGAAGUUGGCUGGGCCUCCCAGCACCCAGAGCAUGAAGCCCAGCAGGUACCUGGAGUGGAUGGUGUGUUUGCAGGUGGGAGGAGCCCCCCCAGAAUCGUGGAGGGGGGCAGCCCUGCUCCAGCCGCUGCCCUUGUGGACCCUGCUGUCAGGUGGCAGGGGCUGCCCUCACCACCCCCAUCUCCUGAAGCUGAGCCCGCCCAGGGCUUCCAGACUUCUGGCUUGGCCAAGAACGGCAGGGAGCCUAGGCGGCCAGGGCUGCCCAUCACUUUCAUUGAUGAGGUGGACUCGGAGGACGAGGUCCCCCAAGAAGCCAAACUUCCCUGCUCCGGGGCUGGUGCGCCUCCCCAGUACCACCCGCAUCCGACCAGGCCUGGGUACUUGUCAGAGCUCCAGCAUCGGGGUGGCAACACCUUCACAGUGGUGCCUAAGAGGAAGCCAGGGGCCGUGCAGGCCAACGGCGAGGCCAGGCCAACGGAGGCUGAGGAAGAGGAGCCAGGCAGAGUUUCGGAGCCCCCUGCUGCUGCAGGGACCUCACUGAAGAAGCGCUACCCCACUGUGCACGAGAUCGAGGUGAUCGGCGGAUACCUGGCCCUGCAGAAGUCUUGUCUCACCAAGGCCGGCUCCUCAAGAAAGAAGAUGAAGAUCUCCUUCAAUGACAAGAGCCUGCAGACCACGUUUGAGUACCCCCCCGAGAGCUCCCUGCAGGAGGAGGAGGCGGAGGAGGAGGAGGAGGAGGGGUACGUGGAGGAGGAUGCGGAGGCCUCUGGCCCUGACGGCGUGCCGGAGAAGCACCUCAUGCUCUUCCUGCCCCGGGCCACGUUCGUGAGCAGGGUGGGGCCCGAGAGCCCACAGCUGCCGGACGGCAGCUCCAGCCUGUCCAGCUACACGCCGAAGCACUCCGUGGCUUUCAGCAAGUGGCCAGAGCAGGUGCUGGAGCGGACUCCAAGCGUGGAGGAGGCCCCGCCCAAGGAGGUCAUGCUCACCCCUGCCGGGCAGAACGACCUCUCGGACUUCCGAAGUGAGCCAGCCCUCUACUUCUGACCUCCCGCCCCCCGACCAGCACGGCCAAGGCUGACGCCCUCCGGCCUGCCAGGCUCUGCCCACCCACGUGCCGCGCGUGCUGCCUGGGGCCUCACAAGCAGGCCGGUGCUCAGGGCCUGAGCCGGGGGCGCCCGGGACUCCUGACCCUGGUUUGCGGGCACUGCCUGUGGGGAAGGACGGGUCCUGUCAGGUGUGUCCAUGUGGAGGCCGACGGGACUGGAUUUCCCCAGCCCACACCCCCACGUCAGCCACUGUUUCUGAUGAUCAGCACGUCUCUCCCUGCCUCUGAUGACGGACUCAAUAAACAACACUGGAUGAACUGCC